CUCUGCGCCUCUCUGCUGGUGGGAAGCGGGGAGGCCGGCGGAGGGUCUUAGGCGGCCGGCAGGCGAGGCGUGCGUGCACUUAAGAGAUGGGCGCCUCCGCACCCUCCGCCGCCCGCGGGGACUGAAGUGGCCUGAAAGGGUCGUCCGGGAUUCCAGUUCUUCCCGAAGGGGCUCGAAGCCACCUCAAAUGCCGCGAGACUCAAGAGCAGGCGUCGGGAAUGAUUAUGUCGAUUUUCCGAGGACCAGGGUUCGCAGAGCGGAAUAGAAGGAAAGGCUGGCUCCUCGGGGGUCCCGCCGGCGUUUGAUACCCGGAGGCCUCCAGAAUUGCCCGCAUAGCCGUGGAUCCCGCAGCUUUUCCCUACUGGCAUCCCGCAUUGUCCAGGAAAAAUAUUUUGUGUUCACCCAGCUGGUCUUUUAUUGCCACCCAUACACACGCUUCCUGGCGCAAAGACUCUUCGUUCAGAGUAUGCUUCAUGUUUUAUUUUGUUUUGUUUUAUUUUUCGCCAAAUAUGAUCUCUAGUUGAAAGUUUGGUUUUGGUUUUGGAUGAAUCUGCGAAGCUUACGUGGUAAGGAGAAAGGGCGAACGAGACACGAUGAAAGAAAAGUCCAAAAAUGCUGCCCGGACUAGGAGGGAGAAGGAAAACAGUGAAUUUUAUGAACUGGCUAAAUUACUGCCUUUGCCCUCGGCUAUCACCUCGCAGCUGGACAAAGCAUCCAUAAUCAGACUCACGACCAGCUAUCUCAAAAUGAGAGUGGUGUUCCCAGAAGGGCUUGGCGAGGCAUGGGGCCACUCCAGCCGGACCAGCCCCCUGGACAACGUUGGGCGCGAGCUGGGCUCCCAUCUGCUCCAGACCCUGGAUGGCUUCAUCUUUGUGGUGGCCCCAGAUGGGAAGAUCAUGUACAUCUCGGAGACGGCCUCAGUCCACUUGGGUCUUUCUCAGGUAGAACUGACCGGAAACAGCAUUUACGAGUACAUCCACCCGGCCGAUCACGACGAGAUGACGGCGGUGCUCACCGCCCACCAGCCUUACCACUCUCACUUCGUGCAGGAGUAUGAGAUCGAGCGCUCCUUCUUCCUGAGAAUGAAAUGCGUCUUGGCCAAGCGGAACGCUGGCCUCACCUGCGGCGGCUACAAGGUCAUCCACUGCAGCGGUUACCUGAAGAUCCGACAGUAUAGCCUGGACAUGUCCCCUUUCGACGGCUGCUACCAGAACGUGGGCCUGGUGGCCGUGGGCCACUCGCUGCCCCCCAGCGCCGUCACGGAGAUCAAGCUACACAGCAACAUGUUCAUGUUCCGUGCCAGCCUGGACAUGAAACUCAUCUUUCUGGACUCCAGGGUGGCUGAGCUGACGGGGUACGAGCCUCAGGACCUGAUUGAGAAGACCCUGUACCACCACGUGCACGGCUGCGACACCUUCCACCUGCGCUGCGCGCACCACCUUUUGCUGGUGAAGGGACAGGUGACCACCAAGUACUACAGGUUUCUGGCGAAACACGGCGGCUGGGUGUGGGUGCAGAGCUACGCGACCAUCGUGCACAACAGCCGCUCGUCCAGGCCACACUGCAUCGUCAGCGUGAACUACGUGCUCACAGACACAGAAUACAAAGGCCUGCAGCUCUCCCUGGAUCAGAUCUCAGCCUCCAAACCAGCCUUCUCCUAUGCCAGCAGCUCUACCCCCACCAUGACUGACAACAGAAAGGGUGCCAAGUCCCGGCUCUCCAACUCAAAGUCAAAAUCCAGGACUUCCCCAUACCCUCAGUAUUCGGGAUUUCACACGGAGAGAUCGGAAUCUGAUCACGACAGCCAGUGGGGCGGCAGUCCCUUGACCGACAGCGCCUCCCCGCAGCUCCUCGACCCCGCGGACAGGCCGGGCUCCCAGCACGACGCGUCCUGCGCCUACAGGCAGUUCUCCGACCGCAGCUCGCUCUGCUACGGCUUUGCGCUCGACCACUCCAGGCUGGUGGAGGAGAGGCACUUCCAUACCCAGGCCUGCGAGGGGGGACGGUGUGAGGCGGGCAGGUAUUUCCUGGGCACGCCGCAGGCCGGGAGGGAGCCCUGGUGGGGCUCUCGCACGGCCCUGCCCUUGACCAAGGCCUCGCCCGAAAGCAGAGAGGCCUAUGAAAACAGCAUGCCGCACAUCGCGUCGGUCCACAGGCUCCACGGGAGAGGUCAUUGGGAUGAAGACAGUGUGGUCAGUUCUCCAGACCCUGGGUCAGCCAGCGAAUCAGGUGACCGAUAUCGCACUGAGCAUUAUCAAAGUAGCCCACAUGAACCCAGCAAAAUUGAAACUCUGAUAAGAGCUACCCAGCAAAUGAUUAAAGAAGAAGAGAACAGAUUGCAGCUAAGGAAAGCCCCUUCAGACCAACUGGCUUCCAUUAAUGGAGCUGGGAAAAAACACUCCCUCUGUUUUGCAAACUACCAACAGCCCCCACCAACAGGCGAAGUCUGCCAUGGCUCUGCUCUUGCCAACACAUCACCAUGUGAUCACAUCCAGCAGAGAGAAGGAAAGAUGCUGAGCCCCCAUGAAAAUGACUAUGACAACAGCCCCACUGCACUGUCUCGGAUAAGUAGUCCCAACUCGGAUCGCAUUUCAAAAUCCAGUUUGAUCCUCACUAAAGACUAUCUACAUUCGGAGACAUCUCCUCAUCAGACUGCAGGAGACCAUCCUGCAGUCUCUCCAAACUGCUUUGGCUCUCACCGGCAGUAUUUUGAUAAGCAUGCUUAUACAUUAACUGGAUAUGCCCUGGAGCACUUAUAUGACAGUGAAACCAUUAGAAACUAUUCCUUGGGCUGUAAUGGCUCACACUUUGAUGUAACUUCUCAUCUGAGGAUGCAGCCAGACCCAGCACAGGGACACAAGGGAACAUCUGUUAUAAUAACCAAUGGAAGCUGAUUUUUUCUAAAAUAUUUUGUUCUUUAAGGAUCUCUGAAACAUAUUUAUAGUUUAAUAAUACCCCAUGACCAGCCUUGACUAUACCACAGAUUGUUAGAGAGGGUAAUUUAAGUUACUGGGGAUUUGAUAUGUGUUCCUAUAAACACUCAAGAAGAAAACAGAGCACUAGCAUUCAGGGUUAUACACAGAUAACAGAGCUAAACUGAUCACACCAAAUGCCCCGCUAGUUGUAUGGGACCCAAAAUAGAUAAAUUUUGGGUUGAAAAAUGCUCAUGUAGAUCAAGUUAACAUAUACACCACAUGAGAGGACUGAUGAAUGACAGUAUUGCACUGUGAUGAUCCGAUGAUCCUCAUGUACACAGACCACUAUUUACAAACUGCUGUAUACACUUUCCAUGUAGAAAUGUAGAACAAAUGCCAUAAAAACACCCCCAAUGGGUAACUUUCCUUGACUCUAGCACAUUAAGCUUUUUAAAGAAAUUUUCAUUUCCAGAAUAACUAAGAAAGAGAGAGAGAGAGAGAGAGAUCUUGUAAACUGGUUUCUUCUUUGUGGUUUCAAACCAGCCAUCUCAUCUGGCUCAGGUAUAAAUUAUAGAAACGGUUCUGGAUAUGGUACGGGAAUGCGUUUUCACCUGGUAUCCAUUAUAAGCAAUCAGGAAGUGAUAAUUUUUCACCUUACUUUUGAAUUAGACAAGGACCAGGAUUGCACUGAAUAGAGGUAAGAGUUUUUCUCAGUAAAAACACUGAGAUGUUGGGACACACAUAAAAGAUCCGGUGUGCUCAAGUUUAGCGAAGAUAGAAAGACCAGAGGCAGAGUGAAAUAAAAUGAUAUCUCCAAACAAUAUCAGGGCUCAGAUUACAUAAACAAGGUAUUUGGGACUUGCUUAUGAAACCCACCAAAUAAAACAGUCAAACCAAUUAACCAAGAAAAAAGGCAGAUGCAAAAAUAACUAAGAAAAACCAAUGUAGUGCUACAUGUAUUUAUAGUGUAAGUGUUUGAAGACAUUUCAAAGCACGGAUGUGCCAAUAUGACAACAGUUGGAAGACUUCAGGAAACAGUCUGAGAUCAAGCUUAGGCUGAUAGACAGGUGGCUAAAAGUGUAAGAGUCUGACUCUGACUGAAGAGACAGACAAAGUGUUCAUUUACCUAUUGUUUGUAAACAAUAAACUUGGUUUGGCAUCUGUGUGCUAUAGUAAAAAGGCCCCACUGAUGAGCUCUCUGGGUUCCAAUUCUGACCCUACCUGUAACUUAGUUUUGUGACCACAGAUGCAUCAUUCACCAAACUGGGACCUAGUUUCUCAGUCUGUAAAGCAGCUCCAAUGUUCCCUAGCUCUGUGGUACAGCAGAACAGAACUUGUUAAAUAGCUAACUCUGCUAUGAGUUGUCGAGACUGAUCGUUCUAGAUUUUCUGCACACACACAGAGGUCUAGAUGCUUUGUGACUUAUGCAGGUGUGUGGACUCUCUUAGGCAUGCAUAGUUACACUUAACAUUCUAGAUUC